UGCUCCUGAGAGUUGCCCCUUGCAUUCUGCAUCUCCCCGAUCCCCGAUCGUCGGUCGCCGUUGCGGUCGCCGCCCCAUCCAUCGACGAUUUCCUCAUAAUCCUGCCCUUCUUGUCGUUUGUUAUUUCACCCUUCCCCUCCCACGUCAUAGCGAUCUGCACUUUUCCCCUGCCUCCCGAAAAUGCCUUCCAUCGCUUCGCGACUCCUAGCCGUCGGCUUGGCCGUGGUGGCGGCCGCCUCCUCGGCGCAGAAUGACAGCCUGGUCACCCAGCAGCUGGACCUACAGCCCUAUCCCUACGACUUCCCCAAGCUGGGCACCAAUGGCUCCGAUCUCUUCCCUAUGCGUCUCUGCCAUGGCUUCAAGCUCGAGGAGGCCAGCAUCGACGAGAUCCAGGCCGAGCUGGAAGCCAAGAACUUCACGGGGGUGCAGCUGCUGCAGUGUUACCUUGAGCGCAUCUACCAGGUCCAGCCUUAUGUCAAUGCGGUCAUGCAGCUGAACCCCGAUGCGGUGAGCAUCGCCGAGGCGCUGGACGCGGAGCGGCAGGCAGGCACCGUGCGCGGUCCCUUGCACGGAAUCCCCUUCUUGGUGAAGGACAACAUCGCCAGUAAGGACAAGAUGGAGACUACGGCUGGUAGCUGGGCCCUCGUGGGCUCCGUCGUGCCUCGCGACUCGCACGUGGUGCACCGUCUGCGCGAGGCCGGUGCGGUCCUGCUGGGUAAAGCGACGUUGAGCGAGUGGGCGGACAUGCGCUCCAAUGACUACUCUGAGGGGUACUCGGGCCGCGGUGGCCAGUGUCGCAACGCGUAUAACUUCACCGUCAACCCCGGCGGUAGCAGUUCCGGCUCCGGAGUGUCCAUCUCCACCAACCAGGUGCCCUUCGCGCUGGGUACGGAGACCGAUGGCAGUGUCAUCAACCCGGCGGAGCGCAACAACAUCGUGGGGAUCAAGCCCACCGUCGGCCUCACCUCGCGUGCGGGCGUGAUUCCCGAGUCCCUGCACCAGGACACAGUGGGUACCUUCGGCAAGACCGUGCGCGACGCCACUUACGCCCUGGACGCCAUCUACGGCGUCGAUCCCCGCGACAACCAGACCGCCGCGCAAAAGGGCAAGACCCCCACCGGCGGGUACGCCCAGUUUCUGACGGACAAGUCCGCCCUGAAGGGCGCCGUGUUCGGUCUGCCGUGGAUGUCGUUCUGGCAGUACAACGAUGCCGCCCAGAACGCCCAGCUGAUGGAGCUGCUGGCGCUGAUCGAGUCGGCGGGCGCGACCAUCAUCAACGGCACCGAGCUGCCCCACUACAAGGAGAUCGUCGACCCGGAGGGCUGGAAUUGGGACUACGGCACCUCCCGGGGCUACCCCAACCAGUCUGAGUACUCCUACGUCAAGGUCGACUUCUACAACAACAUCAAGGAUUAUCUCGCGGAGCUGAACAACACCAACAUGCGUUCGCUGGAGGACAUCGUCCAGUACAACAUUGAUAACGCCGGUAGCGAGGGUGGUGUUCCCGGGGUCAACCCGGCCUUUGCCUCCGGACAAGAUGGCUUCCUGGCGUCGCUGGCGACCAAGGGUGUGAUGAACGAGACCUACUGGCAGGCGCUGGCGUACUGUCAACGCACCAGUCGGGAGGAGGGCAUCGAUGCGGCGCUGCGCUACCAAGGCCGCAACAUCACUGCUCUCCUGGCCCCGCCGGAUUUUGCCCCCUCCGUCGAAAUCGCCGCCCAGGCGGGUUACCCCGUGGUCACCCUGCCCGCCGGUGUCAACGAGGACUCGCACAUGCCCUACGGAUUGGCCUUGUUUGGGACCGCCUUCUCCGAGGCCACGCUCAUCAAGUAUGCCAGUGCCAUCGAGGAUCUGCAGCUGUCCUCUCAGACUCCCUGGAAGCGCAGCCUGCCCACCUGGAGCGGGUAUCUGGAGCGCAACAUCCCUGUGAACUGA